UCAUAUGCGAUACUAUAUAACCAUGGAAACACCGAAAUCCUACAGAAUAAAAACAAAAGCAACAAAUCGUUACGUUCGGCUGGACGCGAUCGGAUAUGUAUCAUCCAGAUUGAAUAGAGCAGACGCAAGAUCUCUAUUUAAAUUUGAGGAGAUGCAUACAGUAAAUAUUGAAGGAAAAGUGUUUAAGAUACAGGCAAAAGAAAACAAUCAAUUUUGGCAUUUCGACGGAGGUAACGAAGUCCUUAAAGUUGUUUCGUCAUUGGUUCAACCGAAUGAUGAUUAUGUUAAAUUUACUUUUGAGAAGCAAACUGACGAUUCAUAUAAAAUAAAGUCGUUUGCCAUGCCAAGAUACAUGUACGACGGGUAUAACGUGUCAGGUGCACGUGGGAUAUAUCUAAAUGGUGACGACCAAACGGAUGACGAUCAUAUGCGAUACUAUGUAACCAUGGAAACACAAGACUUCUACAGAAUUCAAACAAAAGCAACGAAUCGUUACGUUCGGCUUGACUCGGACAAUUACGUAUCAUCAAGAGAAAAUAUAGCAGAAGAUAGAUCGCUGUUUAAGCUCGUAGUGGUGUAAACAAAAUAUGAAUUUCGACUAAAAUAAGACAACUUGUGUUUAUCAAUUUCUUUUAUCAAAGCCAUAAUGACUUUGUGUCAUAAUUUCUUAAAAGCAGAAUACUCUUUUCAAAUUUAGUUGGUGUACAAUAAUGUUAAACAUUAUAAACUUGACUGAUUAAGAUAAUCUAUGUCAUAAUACGUAACAUUAUUUUACACUUUUGAACAUUUAAAAGGAAAAGUUCUCCCUCCAAAUAAAAAGAACAAACAAACCGACAAAAAAGUUCAUACUAUCUUCCACCGUGUUCACAAAUGAAAUUAUUUGAUAAUUCAGGUAUAUUACAGGUGUUAUGUACGUAUAUUUUUACGUAUAUAUGAUUUUGUAUUAUUUUAUUUUAUUCCUAAAAAAAACUAUUAUAAUAAUAAAAUA